AUGGACAGUCUAGAAGUCACUAGAGUUUAGAUACAGUUAGUGAUCGACACGUUGAGAUGGAACGCCUUCUACUCUUGCUGUUGAGUACACUGGUAUACUGUAGCCUCGGACAAGAUGGAGAUAUCUCUCCUCCAGCUUCUCUGAGCAUCAGUCCUGACAGAUCUCAGUUUUUAAAAUUUGAGUCUGUCUCUCUGAGCUGUGAGGUUCAGGGGAACUCAACUGGAUGGAGAGUGGUGAGGAACUCAUUGAGAGGAAUCGUUUCAGAGUGUAAUACUGACUGGGGAAAACAACAAGGGUCUUCAUGCAACGUGUCACUAAUACCAUCGCACAGUGGAGUGUACUGGUGUGAGUCUGAGUCUGGAGAACACAGCAAUGCUGUCAACAUCACAGUACAUGAUGGAGCUGUGAUCCUGGAGAGCCCUGCCCUUCCUGUGACUGAGGGAGAUUCUGUGACUCUGCGCUGCAGAUAUCAGGUAACUCCCUCUAACCUCACAGCUGAUUUCUACAAAGAUGGAUCCCUCAUCAGAAAUGAGACUACACGAGAAAUGACCAUCCCUGCAGUAUCCGAGUCAGAUGAAGGUCUCUACAAGUGUACCAACUCUGAAGAAGAAUCACCAGAGAGCUGGAUGACAGUGACAGCUGGAGCUGUGAUCCUGGAGAGCCCUGCCCUUCCUGUGACUGAGGGAGAUUCUGUGACUCUGCGCUGCAGAUAUCAGGGAACUCUCUCUAACCACACAGCUGAUUUCUACAAAGAUGGAUCCCUCGUCAGGACUGAGACUACAGGAGAGAUGACCAUCCCUGCAGUAUCCAAGUCAGAUAAAGGACUCUACAAGUGUACCAACUCUAAAGGAGAAUCACCAGAGAGCUGGAUGACUGUGACUGUUCCAUCUCCUGUAGUCCCAGUGUUGUCCAUGUCUCUACCCAGGCUGCUGUGUAGUUUACUGGUGGGGUCUCCCUACCUGCUGGUGACCAUCAUACUGCUGGUGAAAUGCUGCAGGAGCAGGGCUCAAGGUGAUCGUGUAGAAGAAGGGUGAGGCUGAGAUCACCUGAUCACCAUAACAACCAUCAGAAUGGAACUCAUGGAAUUCUAAUAUAGAACUGUGAGUCACAAUGCUGUAUGUUGUUACAUUGUAGCUCCACCUGCUGGAACAAUAGUGGCAUUUGAUCAAAUGUGAUCUAUUAACUGAUACAUGUAUUAUUCUGAUUGGAAUGUGUUUCAAUAUAAUGUGUGUUGUAUUAUUCAUUCAGCAGCUGUCCUUUAACAUCAGUCAUAUACUGGUCAUAUACUGUAUAGCAUUAUGGUUGAUACAUUGUAAAUGCCUUCACUUCUCAUGUCGAUACAGAUCAACUGAUUGGUGUUGUGGUUCCGGCAUUAUUGUUACAGGUUCAGUAUAAUGUUAUACCGUUACAUGUUACAGAGAUAGAAAACAUACAGGAGAGGAGAAUUCAAUUAUUAUAAUUAUUUUCUUUAUUUUCCAAUUUUGUUCUCUAUAGUAAUUCAUCAUAAUUUGAUUUGAUUUAUACAUUAAACUAGUUUAGGCCUAUUGUUUUAUUGUGGUUAUUUUGUGCAAAAACAUUAUUUUUAAAUAAAUGAUCUAGGUAAGAUUUUGCUUUUGUCUUUGUAGAAUUAUGUAGAAUUAUGUAUGUAUGUAGAAUUAAAUAAAUUACUUUUCUCAAUCAUG